UGCCCUUGUGCCCUUCUACAAACGGUUGGGCCAUUGCCAUGGCCCUCUCGCCUCAGCAACUACCAUGGGACGCACGAUCGAUCCGCUUGACAAAAAUUCCAAGCGGCCCGAGCUGCUCGACACGCUCCUCAAGUUCUAGACAAUUCUCAGGCCAACGGGUUGCAAUGCCUCAGGCUUUUUCAGUGGGUUCUACUCUGGCUGCCCUUUUGUGCCAAAGGCUGCGCGCAAAAAGGAGGCGCAGGCGACCACUGACCAGUCUUUUUGACGGCUUUUUGACGUCAGAGACCUACCAGACCAGUCUUCCAUCAGAGGUGAAGCUUGGAAAGCUCUUAACCUGGGCCCGGAAGCAAGACUCCAUGAAACUACAUCCAUGUUUGACCAUUGGUCAGUCCCAGCUGCAGCUUUCAGUACCGGUGGCGGCUGGCACACCCAUCAUUGGAGUUCUGGAAGAUGCAUUUCUGGGAAUAUCUGACGGACGUGAAAAACCAUGGCAGAGGAUUUCAGAGGCGGCCCGUAAUCAACAUCCUGAGUGGUGGUCGCUGCACCUGGGAAUCAAUGUCGUGAAGGAGUGCCUGUCCCCUUCGUCUGAGCUCUGGGAGGCCUACAUCAAAAGCGUAGCACCUCAACCUGCAUCGGCCCUUUUUUGGAGCCCACCACAGGCGCAGCAGCUGCAAGAUGCAAUCAUGAAGAAGAAACUUCAAUCUCGUAUCAAGGCAAUCCAAGACUUUCACAAAGAGGUUGUUGUCCCAGCUUUUGAUGAUGUACCUGCUCCAUCUGACUUUGAGGUGGCGCAGGGGAUCGUUACAGCAGCUUCACGAGGCAUAGAGGUGCGACCUGGCAGAAGAGCUUUGCUGCCCCUUUUGGACUUAGUAGGGCCUCCUGAGGCCACCGUGCUGGCGGGCACUCCGGCAGAGUCCAACUGCGAGCUACAGAUUGAAAGGAAAGGAGGGCCUGGCGGCAAAGACAUUGCCAUUCUCCUUGCUUCUCGAGACCUGAAGGAAGGCGAGAAACUCUGCCGGCCGAUGGAGAUCCCUCCUGAUGAUUUGUUGCUGGAUCACGGCUUGUCCACCACAAGGCCAGAUGAUGUCACAAUUCAUGUUGGCCUGAAGAAGGGUGUCGUACAGCCUUGGCAGCUGUCAACUCUUCGCAAAGUGAUGGAUCUUGCACCUGACAAUAAGCCUGGGGACUGGGUAGCAUCUGCCAAAGUCCGCAGGAGUUCUACGCUGAUAAAGACUUUCGAUCCGAAACUACUUGCAGCGGCCAGGGUCCUGGGCGGAAAAUCGCGAGAAGAUGUCCUUGGAGCUGAAUGGAAUCUGAUGUCAAACGAAGAGAUGCUCAAUUCGGGCUUAGAAGGGCUCUCUGCGACGCACCGCCGCCGAGCAUUGUGGGUGUUGAAGCAAGCAGUCGAGGGCGCGCUGGCAUCCUACGAGACCACCCUGACCGAGGAUGAGGAAGUUGUUCAGCAGCUUGAAGGGCGUGAACGUGCAGCACUUGCUUACAGGAUAGGCAAAAAACGAGUUCUGCAAGACGCGCGAGAGAAGCUGGAGAAGGCAGAUGAGAAGAUCCGGAUCAAGCGCGCACGACGAGAAAAGGAGUCCAGUUUGCCAACUGCGGUCACGGGCAAGAGAGCUUCCACUGCUGGCAUGGGGUUUGGCUGACUGAUACGAGGUCUGCUUCGCCUUUUUAAUCAAGGCCAGAAGGCUUAGGUGGUCCCAAUGCAGUUGGUUUACAGUUCCUUUUUGUCUCAAUAGAGUUGUUGCAUCAGGUAAGAUGUUGCACGCAGACUUGGUUGGACAUCUCAGACUUGAAGAUUUGCAACAGGGUGUCGAGGUGUUUAACUAAAGUCUUCUUGGCAAUAAAUUUCUUGUGUUCAUGAGGCUAAUCACCACCAGCUUGUCACAGGCCACGAUGAAGCUCUUGGGUCUUCACUUCCAGGAGACGGCUCUGAGGUAGCGAUUCCUCGAUUGGGCAACUUGCACCCUAAAGGAGGUGCAGCGUCAAGAUGACGAGGUGUUGAGCAUCCCAUCGGCAUCAUGGGCCGGGAGAGACUUCUCUGAAACCAGCUGUGGUGUCAUUCCGAUGAAGACCUUUUCAGACUGGAAAGCCCUGGAAGGCUGAAGAACACAUUCCAGCUUUCGUGCAUCUUUCUGGCGUUGCGCAGGAAAAAGCU